AUGGCCAGAGUGGCGCAUCUGUUCAACCGAAAAGAAGGCGCGGAGAUGUUCGUUGUUCGGAAACGUCGGUUUGUGAUCAGUGAUGACCUGGUGAUCAAACCAGCAUCCACUGCCAAUACACAUUUGCUGCUUCAUCAGAGGAUUGUUGGUUCUGGUAGGAUUGAUCACGCCAUUGACUUUGAGGAGAUCGAAGUUUUCGUAGGCUGGACAGAGGUUGUAUCUAUGCUGAAGGCAUCUUUUUCGUCGAAGACUGUAUUCACUGAUACCUUCCUACCCAAGGAAACUGAAGUUCGUGCCAUUGUGAACUUGAGCACUGCUCAAAACAUUCAACACCAGAUCUAUCAAGAAACCGAUGAUUCAGCACAGUUUAGCAUCAAGGUGUUCUACGAUAGUCACGAAAAGAAAGUUAUUUUGGACAAUCUGUACGUCAGUGCAGUUGAUCUAGACGCGAAUAGAGUGCUAGCAGGCAAUGCAAUAGGUUCCUACUAUAAACAGACGUUGCUUGACCCCAGCAUUUCCCCGUUGGUGGCGGUUCAUAGAUCCAAAUGGGCAAUCAAGAAGUGGUUCUGCCUGUGCAGUGUUCCAGCAACCUUGACUGGCAACACGGCUCUGACGGACGUGUUCAAGAGCAAGCUGGAGGACAAGAAGUGCCAACUUUCGCCGAGGCUCCAACAAAACCAUUUUCAGAUCUUUGUGAAGCUGCACACGGGUAAGACUAUAACACUGGAUGUUCAGAAUGGUGACACCAUUGCCACUGUGAAGCACAAGAUCAACCAGAAAGCAGGACUGCAACUUCCAGCGGGUUAUCCAUGUCACUUGGUGUACGGAAACACCCUUCCGGACUCGAGCACGCUUGCGGAUUGCAACAUUGGCAAGGGAUGA